AUGUCCUCCGUGUCCAUAAAAGAUUUUGCCUACGAUGUCGACCACCCGCUCCACUACGGCAUCACCGACGGAUACAUAGAAGACACCAGCGAGCGCGUGAUACAGGCCGUGGCGUUGUAUCCGUUUGAGCCAGAAAACGAGAACGAGCUGAAACUGGAGCAAGAUCAAGUCAUAAUCAUCAACUACGAGUACGGCGAGGGGUGGCUCGUGGCCCACGACCCGGAGUCCGGAGAAACAGGGCUUGUCCCGUCGGAAUAUGUGAGCAUUUUAGACGACGAGCUGGAGGAAACGGGCCCGCCAGACCAAGAUCCGCAGCCAGACAAAACGGAGGAGGAACAGGCCAAGCCGUUCCUGCCAGGGAUACUCCAGGAGCUCGGAGACCUGAAAAUUACACAGCAAAACACAGAUAACCGGGAAGCCGGCACAGAAUAA